CGUUUUGGCGAGAGGAGUAGAGAGGGAAGGCGGUCGUUGCAGACAAAGAGAUUGCAGAAAGGGAGGGCGGUCGUUGCAGACAGAGAGAGAUUGCAGAGAGGGAGAGUGCGUUUCUCCAUCUUCCCCUCUUUAAAAAAAUCCGACCGUUGAGCCUGUAAGUGGCUUACAGGGAAGUGACUUCUCAUCCCAUCGCCUGCAGUUUUUUGGUAGAUUUGCCUGUAAGUUACUUACAGGAUGGGCCGGAAGAAGAAAUUCAUUGACAAGAAGAAUUCUGCAACAUUUCAAUUGCUGGCUCGAGACUCUUCCGAUCCAAACAAUUCCCACUCCGCCAAUGGUAGCGAUCGCGUCUUCGUUAGGGUAGACAAUAAUCAAUACUUAUCUCAGGGCUUCCUAGAUGAUGUUGAUGAAAAUGAAACCACCAGCCAUAAUUCCAGAAGUCCCCAUCUCGACGGUCCCGAUUCGAUAUUCGCUGAUGCUCCUGGUGAUGAUGAUGAUGAUCAGAUUGGUGGGGCCCAAAAUCCAGUUCUGGCAGCGAAAACAACAAUGGCAAUAGGAAGCCUUCCUGAUCACAUACGGAGAGAGAUUUUGGAGCUUGGAUUUCCAGACGACGGUUAUAAUUAUCUCCUCCACUUGCGUGAAAUCAGGGCAGCUGGAGGUGGUUCUUCCUUUUUUCAUAACAGCAAGGCCAAGCUCGAUCAGGUCCCACUCGAUGUAAAGGCUUAUGACUCUUCAAGAGUACGGAUCCAUUCUGAAAUCGACAGUGGAGAUUCAAGUGCCAAUUCAAUGUAUAACGUUGCGUCGAAGACGGUUGGUGUGAAGAUUCAGAAAGCUGUCGAUCCAGAUGUAGCUGCGCUGCUUGAUGACAGUGAUUUAUCACGGUUUGGAUCAGAUGUGGAGGACUUGGAAGAGGAUUUUGUGGUUCAAGCUAAUGUUCCUGAAGAUGGGGAGGAGGAGAAAAUCGCUGAGUAUCCUUCUCAGGUGCAGGAAGUCGAGUUGAUUCAUGGGGCUGAUUUGAAAAGUCAUGAGCAGGAAGGUGAAAAUGAGUUUGGUGGUGAGAAGCCUAGAGUACGUCGUCUUCUAGAUGAGCAAUUUGAUUUGCUUACCCUACGGGAGUAUGACAGAGACUGUGAUAGUGAUGAUGAUGGUUCAUUCACCGCUGAAAAUGAAUCCUUUGCACUGAAGCUGAAUCAUGCUCUUAAAGACCAUGUAAUGGAUGACCUUGAACUCGAUGACCAGUAUAGAGUUCCCGGUGAUUUCAUUCAUGGGGAUCAAGAAUCAAGCAAAGGGAAACAAAUGGACUUCUCUGCUGAUGUGAUCCGCAAGUGUGCAGAAUACGCUGAAAUGUACAGUAAUGAAAACCAAGAUAAUGCGGACAUGAUGGUUCUGCAGGAAAGCAGCGAUGAAUCUGAGGUGUGGGACUGUGAGACUAUUGUUUCUACUUAUUCAAAUCUUGAUAACCACCCUGGGAAAAUACAAGCUCCAGAAAAGCCUAGGAAGAGACUUGCCAUAGCUAUCUCUGGUGCUUCAAGUAACAACAAUCAUGUGAUUUCUCUUCGAGGAAAGGAGAAGCUUCCGGUGGAGUUUUUGCCAAUGGGUAGGAAAAAUGUCAUGGAAAAGGAGAAGAAAGCACCAAGCUUGGGAGAUCACCGGCAGAAGAGGAGGCCACAUGGUGAGGAGUCAAAGGAGGAAAAGAAAGAACGCAAGUCUGCUAUAAAAGAGGAGAGACGGGAAGCACGGCGUGCAAAGAAAGAAUUGAAGGAACUAUACAAGUGUGAGGCUCAGCGGGCUCAGAAGGUUGCUGCUAUUUCAGCGCCAUCUUCUAUCCAUCUCAUAUCGUUGGGUCAAAAGGCCAUUUCUGGAUAAGUCAGGUAAGCUGCCGUUUGAGGGUGUUUUAUAACCUGACGCAACGUACUCCAGGAAGAUGGAAACAUGGUAGCAGAUACUCUAGCUUGGGAUGAAUGAUUGCAAGCCCAGGAUACUAAAACCAGCCAGUUUUCUACAGUAAGGUUAACCUAGUAGAGAACCAAUCAUGAGUAUAAAUAGCUUACUGAAUUUUCUGUGAUGUGCUCAGGAUUUGUUUGUAAACAAGGCACAUAGUUUUGUUGUUGAGUCUUUAAGUCAAAUGAAAUAUUACAGGUAAUGGAUGAUAAUGGCGUCAUGCCAAAUAGAAAAAGGCAGAAAGUAAAAAAGAACAAGGAAAAUUAACAAUAUCA